AGGGGGAAAUCCCGGUGGGAAGUUGAGGGGAGGCCCGGCCGGGCUGGGCAGAGCGAGCGAGAAGCGGCCGUGGCGGUGGAACGAGUCGACGAGCCCGCGGAGGAGAAGGGCAGCGCUUGGUGUUCGGGAUAAAGGAGAGGAAAAAAAUCUCAGAAGCAAAGGGAUGAAAUCAGUUCCAUCUUUGUCAUCAAAAGCCCUGCACAGUGGAAUUAAUUAGGACACAGAGACUAAACAAAUGGAAAAAGUCACUCAUCUGGAAGCUCUGCUGUUUGCUGCCGUGCUGGAGAACUGUGUCGAUCAGCUCGAAAUUCUUGGAUACAUCAUGCCAAUUUCAGACGAGGACAAGACAGACCUCAGCCAUACUGGCAUCCAGGAAAUGAAAGAAAUUAUAGAGACCCAGAAGGAGCUGGACAUUAAUGAGCCAGAGCUUAUGUCAGCAAGGCAAGAGAGUGAGGAAACAGUUACAUCUAUGGUCCUGAAAAACACUGAACCCAAGCAGCAGAUGGGGAAAACUGAAGAUGGGAAAAGCACCCAUCAGCCUUCCAAAAGGGACAGGAAACACAGUGCUGUGACUGCAGAGAAGUUCAGAAAAAUUGAGGCUGACAGGCAGUAUGCAAGUGAUGUAAUUGCUGUCACUAUGAAAAAGAUGCAGGAAUCGGGAAUAUUUAAUAGCCUAACAGAAGCUAAUGAGCGAGAGAAGGAAAAAAAGAGCAAGUUUUAUGAUGUCCUCAUCAGGGAGGAGGAAGGAAAGAAGGAGAUAAAGUCACUCCAGAAACAGCUGCAAGAUGUCAAGAGACAAACUGCAAAAGACCUUCAGAACCGAGAUAAGAUCAUUGAUCGCCUCAAAGACAAACUCCAAGAGAAGACGGCCAAACUGGACACAGAAAGCUCCUACAUGAAGAAAGACACAGACCUCCAGAUCCACCAAACCCAGAGGAAAUGCAGCAAGGAAGAGAAUGCCCUGAACAAUGAAAUCCAGAACUUGAAGAACCAAACUGAUGAGGAGAUUCAGCUCCACACGGAGACAGAAAAUUUCCUCAGGCAACAGUAUCAGAAGGUGGAAGAGAAGCUGGAAUACUGGAUGCAGAAGUAUGAAAAUGACACUGAUGCAAAAGAAGUAGAACUGGAUGACCUAAGAGCAUUGAAGGCAGAGAACUUGGAAACAAUGCAGAAAUUUGCCAAGGAGUGCCUGAUGUUCAAGGAAAACAUCAUCACUGACCGAACAGAAAAGAAGGAUAGAAAAAAACAACGAGAGCAGGAUGCCCUGGAGCUGAAGAGUGCCCUAAAGCUGCAGGCCUGGUGGAAAGGCAUGAUGGUCCGCAGAUUCCUUGGCCCUUACCAGGCCCUCGAGAAGCUUCUGAAGGAACAGGCAGCAGUGCAGACAGAAACAGGGAAGGAAAAGAAAAAGUAAAGAAAGUAAAGAAAGUGCCCACAGAUGUGCUCCAGGUCUGUUGCUGGGCAGAGCAUUGCAGUCUGUCUGACAGGACAAAAUAAACCAUAUAACAGAGUUUGGGCAA